AGUCACUUGUUCGUUUGUGUUGUCAGAAAGCCUCAAUACUGGAAUCAGUUUGCUGCAGUUCACUGAACACAAUCUGGAUGACUUGAGCAGCAAGGAUGCCAGCAGCCGUGAGUUGCUAAAGGAAGAGUUGAGGCUACUACCGCUAAGCUGUAAGAUGAGCAUGCUAACACACCAGAAGAAUCCAGCCACUAGGUCUUGUAGUUUGGGCGAUCCGGUGCCAAGAAGUCAAACCUUUCACUCUGCAUGUCAAAAACAAGAUGAAAUCCUUGAAGAUGAGGAAUCUCCACGUCAAAGAAGGAUAACUGUUGCAUCCUACAUUCCUCAGUCAAAGGAGCACACUGGAGAAAACGCAAUGAAGCAGGAUUCUAAUGGGUACAGAGCCAAAAAUCUAGCAGAGCUGAACAUGGAUGAGGUCUGCCAGUGGUUUAGUAAUAUUGGUCUAGAGAAAUGCCUGCCCUUCAUUAGAGAGGCAGAGUUCAGUGGAUCUCACAUCGCUUCUAUUGAUCUCAAGACUCUUGAAAUCCUUCAAGUGUCCAAUCUGGAGGAUAGAGAGAGGCUGCUGUCUGCCAUUUACCAUGAGUUACACCCACCAAACUCCACCACCCAAAGACUCGACUCCCUCCUGGAAAGGUUUGGUCCACACAAUGUUGAGAUAUUCACAGCGGCUUUGGUUUCCAUGACCAAGUCAAAAUCUUCUCCGCAAGUUGGCAACACGAACCGCUGUUCAUUCAAAUUCAGACAGGAGCAAAGAUUUCAGAAGAACUCUCAUCUCAUGGAGAUCACAGUAAAUGCUUCAGAUCGAACAGUUCAUUUAAGGACGCCCAAAGAAACAAGUGUGGCGAAAGUGAUAGAGUCCUGCCUGAGGAUGCUGGGAAUAAAUGAAGACAAAGAUCACUUCAACUUGAAAAUCAAAGAAGAUGAGAUCUCCCCUGAGCAGCAGAUUGGAGAAUUGCCUGGCUCAGAGACGAGACUAAUGGAGCUUCACUUAUGUAAAAAGGACACACAGAAAGAUGGUCCUGGUUCACCAGAUAGCAGUUGCACUGCUGAUGAUGUUCAGAGCAAGAAUCUACGAAACAACGAGAAGAUCCAAGAGCUAAACCAGCAGGUGGCUUCCCUUCAAAACGUCAUCAUACAAGUUCAGGAGCUUUACCAUGAUCUGGUGGCCUUCUGUUCAGAUCUGAAGAAGAUGGAGGAGGAGGAGGUGGAUGCAGUGCAAACAGACCAUGCGGAUGUGAAGAGACGUCUCUCUGAGGCUCAGGACAGUCUGAAGAGGAAGAGACAGAACCUUCAAAUGCUCAGGGACAGUUUCAACACUGCACCAGCACAGAAGAAUAAGCCAUUAGAGGUUCGAAUUCUAGAAAAAAUGAAGCUGAACUGCCAGGUGUUUAAAGAUGAGAUCACACUGGUCCACCUCAAUCGGCAGGUGGCUCACCUGCAUGAAGUACUGGAGAAGACCCAGUCAAAGGAGAAAGCCGAGAGAAAGAGUCCUUCUCUGUCCCAGCUGGUCUCUCUGCAGUCUCCUGUCAUGCUUGUGGCCACCAAUGAGAAAGCAGACUCAGACGGUCAUUACGCCUUCUCUGCUCGCUGGGAUGAGGGCCAGGGCCUGGUGGUGGUACAAACCGAGGGGACUAGUCUCUGUCUGAAUGACAGGCUGGUGGAGGUGAAUGGAGUGUGUGUUUUGGGGAGCAGUGAGGAUGAACUGGAGACGCUGCUAGACACACACACUGCUCACAUCAUUGUUCUACGCAGGCUGACAGAAGAAAAGCUUUCUUUGCCUCCUCAGACAGACGUCAGCUCUAAGUGACCACCUGGACAUAAAUACGUAUAAUGUAAACCUACUUAACACAGUAUUUUGUUGACUUUCAUUCCUGUCUUUCUGCAGAUACAUCUUACACACUCAUAUCCUGACAUAUUAUCCCACUUUAUACAAUUAGGAAAAAAAGAGACUUAUAGGGUCACCCUACAUUAUAAUCUUAAGGUCAUUGUUGGGCAGUUUUAUUUUUUGGGGUGGAAAUGACCUCAUGUUUUCGGGUUGAUACAGAUGUACUAGCCAUAGUCUCAAUUAAUGGGUGGAUCAGUCAAAAGCUGCUCAUAAAAAUGGCAGUUGCAAUGGAAAAAGAGCAUUUUGAGUUCUAAAUUGCAUUCAACCAUGAAGGUCAAGAUAGCAAAAUAAAUCACUGUCAAAAUGUUCACGUGGUAUGUUGUUUGAGAAGGCAGCUGCGGUGAAAAAGAAGGCAAGGAAACUUCCUGUAAGACUGACAUUAAUGAGAAUACAAAUAUCAAAGCUGAUCUCUUUUUGAACGGGCAUAUUUAUUUCCAUGACACAGUGCCUCCUCAUUUCAAGGAUUCACCUGAGGAGCAACACGUAAAAUAUCAACAACUCUCAUGUAUUAACACAAUGUUCAUUUUAUAUAGGUGUGAUUAUUAAUUUGGCUUAUGAUUCAACUUGAUUAUAAAAUGAUUUCAAUGC